CCUUCAUGCACGCUUAAAGAAAACGAGAUAGUUAGGAGAUUGUAAGAUGUCUCGCAAAAGAAAAGUUGUAGCCGACGAUGAGGAAGAUCCAACCAAGAUCGAAUUCUCAACUUCAGAAGAGGUUGAAGUCGUUCCCACAUUCGACCAGUUAAAACUUCGCGAAGACUUGGUUCGAGGCAUUUACGCUUAUGGUAAGUUCGAUCAAUGCAAGACGCCAGAACCACGAAAUGUGUUUGCAAGGGUUUUUCAUUCGUCUCUGAGCUUUUUUUGAUCAUUUCUAGGCUUUGAGAAACCAUCGGCAAUUCAACAGCGUGCUAUUAAACCGAUUAUCAAAGGAAGAGACGUCAUUGCACAGUAAGUUUUUACGUAUUAACAUUAGGAAUUGAGUGUCCUGACCAACGUAACUUUUAUACGUUUUCUUGUCAUGUUUCUGAAAAUUGGAAUCGGUAAACUUACAGAAUGUUUUAUUUCGUCCAAGCCAUCGAAAUGUUAAGCUAGCAUAUUUUAUCUGUAGUGUUCUACUUAAACUGAAAGAUACAGUAAUUUUGUUUUGAAGUUGGUGUAGUGAUCCCUUCAAUGCCACUUGGUUGAGUCACUUACUUGAGUCACUUGUUUGGUUACUUAAUGUAUGUACCCCUGAUGUUUUCAAGUUUCUUGAAGAUAAAGCGGAAAGACUCAGCACUGAAUCAAAUGCUGCAAAAAGAAUUAUUUAGUAAUCCUAUAGAAUGGUCCAUAGUAGAGAAGCAUUCCCUUAAAUUAUAUGAAUGCUUAGAAUAUUUAUAUUAUUCCUUAUGUGUACUUCUGAAUUUAUACCUCAAAUCAGGCAGCUUGUUACUGACUGACGUCUUUCUCUUUUCAUCUCCAGGGCUCAGUCUGGAACAGGAAAAACAGCCACUCUGUCCAUCUCUGUACUUCAGUCAAUAGAUAUUCAGGUUUGUAAAUUACAUGUGAGGUUCAAGAACAGAUAAGAAAAGCUCAUAAUAGUCCAGAGUAAAUUGCUUAAAGCAGGGAGAACUGCAUGAGUAAAUGAUGAUGUGUUAUGAUCUGGAUAAGAGCUGUUCAGAAAUAAACCAUUGUCUGUGAUAGUGAUUGUCUCCUCUGUAGACUUGGUGGAAUUUAUCACUGUAGUCAAAUGAAAGACAGUUUUAUUCAGUUAGAGAUUAUAUAUAAUUGACUGGUAAACAAUUGUUAGCUUGACUCUAAUUGUGAUUUCUACACAUACUGUUGAGAGGUCAGUCAAUAGUACCCAAAACAGUGUUUGAGAAUAUGUUUCAUCCCCAUAAACACAUCUUUUUCAUCUUACUUCCAACAAAUAAUAGGCAAAAAGUUGCAUUCACUGUGAUGUGGUGAUCCUGAUGUGAAGCAGGAAUAAAUAAAAUCAAAUCUGAAUCUUCAACUCAAGAUAUUGAAUGUUCAGAUUGCAUAGUCAAGUCAAAAUUUUAUUUUGCCAUCAAUUGUUAUGUCUCCAGAAUAAUCUGUAAGGAGUCAGAAAUCUAUUUUCAAUUUCAAUAAAGACAAUUGAAAAAAAUUUAGUUGGUCAUUGUAUGGUAAAAAAUAAUUAUACUGUACUAUGUAAAUAUACUUGUUCUAUACACGUAAGUUUACUAAAUAUUUGCUUUUGUUUUCUACAGACAAGAGAAACACAGGCUCUGAUUUUGUCUCCAACCCGAGAGCUUGCACAACAAAUUCAGAAGGUAGAUUAAUUUGUGUUAAGUAUUAUUUUUAUGUGAUUUAACCUGAUACCCUCUUGGUCAUUUGAAUGACUUUUAAAGUUUGCUGAGGACUCAAAAUAUGGUCUGGAAAUAUAGUUGUAAAUGCAGAGUUUUUUUUUAUGUUGUGAAGUUCUGUAAGUCUGUAUAGCUUAAAAAUAAACAUUGGAACUUGCCAAGUUUUGGAGCUGAUCCACUUGCAUCUUCAUGAUAAUUACAUUACUGAAGCAAGUAAGGACCCUCUGAUUGGCUGAAAAUGAGUGCAUUUCUCAUGUAAUACAAGUGCAAAGUCGUAACACAAGUGCAAAUUAGAAAUAGUGCAUACACACUCUCAAAAUUUUGUUUGACCUGCCUCUUGGGAGAUUUCUUUUUAAAUUACAUUAUUAACAAGCAAUAACAUGAUUUCUCUGGCAAUUUGUUGUAAUAAGCACUUCUAAAUUUUUUGAAGACUACAAAGUGCACUCACCCUACAGGCUCAUGCAAUUCAGUUGGCUUUGAAAAAUUUUCUUACACUUAUUAACACCAAAUUGCUCUCAAAAUCUUGUUAUUACCUAUACUAGCUAGUAAAGUUCAAGGGGCUGUCAACUGCUAUAAACUCCCCUGUAAGAUUUCAUGAUACUUAUUGUGGCUUUCAUCAGGUCAUUCUUGCUCUGGGUGACUACAUGAGUAUUCAAUGUCAUGCAUGUAUUGGAGGAACAAAUGUAGGAGAGGACAUCAGAAAGCUUGAUUAUGGACAGCAUGUUGUGUCUGGUACACCUGGCAGAGUUUUUGGUAAGUAAUAUGAUUCUACUUAGGCCUGUGAUUGCUAUAAAUUCAAUGCUGCUAUGGUUUGCAAAGUAAUUCAGUCCCUAAUGACCAUUGAGCAAAUGGAUUUGAUGUUGCUGUGAGUCUGUUUGGUAAUAGAUCAUAGAUGACGUCAAAAUGUGUUAACACAAAAAAGUGACACACAAGGCCCAGGUGAAUGUGUAGCUGAUGUUCUUAACCCUUUAACUUCCAAGAUCUCAUUAGUAAUUCUCCUUACUGUCUGCAAUACAAUUCUUCUGAUGUCACUUAUGAGAAUUUAGUAUUGGAUAAUAAUCCCCUAAUUGAUACUUUUCUUGGUUCUCAUCACUUGUUUACUUGAUUUUGUAUUGAUAUUGUAAGGAUAAAUUCUGUCUUGGUCACUAAUGGGAGUUAAAGGGUUAACACAUUUUGACAUCUUCUGUGAUGUAAUUGUGAAAUAGCGAUCAAACCCUCAUUAGCAUGGAAUUUGUUUGUUUUAUAUAAUAAAAAAGCAAAAAAAUGUUGAUGUUUUUGUCAUCUGUUUGCAUCUGUCCCCCAAUAUAGCAUAGGUGAGAUUCAAUCAAAAUGCUUUUUGGAAUCCUGCUUAUUUUAUAAAUAUUUAUUCAUGUAUGCUCUUUCAAUUGUUCCCAUCACACGAAAGGCUAAGUUACCUUCAUGUUCACCAGUACAUGUACCAGGGUACUUGUAACUUGCUAAAGAAAGAUGUGAAACAUUUGUAGUGGGUAUGGGACAAGAUUAUUAUAAGUCUGCCUAGGCAGUGUUGAACUUUUGAUGCAAGUGUUGGCUUGACUUUGCUUUGGUAUGAAGAUUUGUAGUGCAUUUUUUUGUAAUUUACUCCUUUGUUGUGAUCAUAAGACAUGAUAAGAAGAAGAAGCUUGAGAACCCGAUCUAUAAAAAUGUUGGUGCUGGAUGAAGCAGAUGAAAUGCUGAAUAAAGGUAAGGAACUGAGAAGUGAUUGUUCAGUUACUGUCCAUAAACUGUGACUUGAUACAUUUACCUUAUGUAACUGUUUUAUUAUUUGUUUUUGUCUGCUUCCUUUAGGUUUUAAGGAGCAGAUCUAUGAUGUUUACAGAUAUCUUCCUCCAGCCACUCAGGUAAGUUGUGAAUGUGUCCCUUAACAAGUCUUCCAGCUAUUAUAUUGUCAGCUGUCUCUGAGAGAAAGCUUUAUGUAGGUUAUAAAUUCAUGGAAGGUUAUUCAUGCCACUUUACCCAAGACUAGUGGUUUCAGGGUUGCUGUUUGCCCUUUGUGGUAUACAUCCUCUGUGUAUUGUUAAUGUUGAAAUUCACACAAAUUGAAAAAAGGGUUGUUUUUGUAUAUCAGUGACAGGUAUACAUAGGGUGAAAAAAAUGUUCAUGCAAACAAAAGCUGAGGCAAAUGACUUACAUGACUUAUGGAGUCUAAUAUAACAAUUCUUAUCCUUUUCAAAUGUGUUCAGGUUGUUCUGUUAAGUGCAACUCUUCCACAUGAAAUCUUGGAGAUGACGCAAAAGUUCAUGACUGACCCAAUCAGGAUUCUUGUCAAGCGGUGAGUGACAUUUUUGUUUGCAUAGAAAAAAUAGUUGUUUUUGCUUGAAAAGGUUACAAACAGAAGAACUUUUCCAUGGUGACCUCCUAUUGUUUGUCAUAGUGAUGAGUUGACUUUGGAAGGCAUCAAACAGUUCUUUGUGGCUGUGGAACGUGAAGAAUGGAAGUUUGAUACCCUCUGUGAUUUGUAUGAUACCCUUACCAUCACACAAGCUGUCAUUUUCUGCAACACAAAAAGAAAGGUUAGUUCACAGCUGUAUCCCCAAAGAUUUGUAUGCAAUUUUUCUUUUGGUUUGCAAUGCAAGUUAUAUUCAUUUGUGAAAUUAUUUUCUAUCCUUUUCAGGUGGACUGGCUUGUGGAGAAAAUGCGAGAGGCAAACUUCACUGUUUCAGCCAUGCAUGGUGACAUGCCACAGAAAGAAAGAGAUGCCAUCAUGAAAGAAUUUAGAUCUGGACAGAGGUAAAGAGAAAUUAUGAGUUGCUUUCUCAAACAUGAUGUUUUUUCUUCAUGAUGUAAAGUGCUUGACUCUUACAUCUCCCCUUUGCUCAUUUCAUGCAGCCGAGUGCUGAUCUCAACAGAUGUGUGGGCUCGAGGCAUAGAUGUGCAGCAAGUGUCUCUGGUUAUCAACUACGACCUGCCAAACAAUCGUGAAUUGUACAUUCACAGGUAAGUGAUGUAGUUCUUCACAAACCUUUGCAUCAGGAAAUCAGUAUUUGAACUCUCUAUUCUGUUCUCUUUGCAUUUUUCUGAUAAUCAAGAGCUUCUUAAGUUGGGGAUUCCUUCUCCUUCUCUUGACCUUAGUUUGUGAUUCAUGGGUGGUAUGGUAGGGGAGAAAUGAGAUGCUGGUCACUCUUAGCAGUCAAAGUGUUAAAUUUACUUUCCAUCAGACUUUCACUCAAAGUUGGAUACACAUGCAACUUCUCUCCUCUUUCAGGAUUGGUCGCUCUGGUCGAUUUGGUCGCAAAGGUGUUGCCAUUAACUUUGUGAAGUCUGAUGACAUCAGAAUUUUGCGUGACAUUGAACAGUACUACAGUACUCAGAUCGAUGAAAUGCCCAUGAAUGGUAGGUCUUUGAUA